CUUCCCUAUAUCAUCUCCCCCGAAUCCCCCGACUUCCAUUGCAAGGAGCGUACCCGCUCAUUUCUCCCUUGUUCUUCUCUCUCGCACACAAUUUUACGACUCCCGUCUCCCCUACAUUUCUUGGCCCAAGAUUUCCCUUUCCUCUCUACAAAUAGCAGAACUAUCAGCGAAUCCAUUUGACUGUUUUCUUCCUCUCUUCAACAUCCACAUUUCCCUCCUUCUUGGUUGGUUUCUGUAUCAUUUUAUCAUCUGGGGUUUGAAAUCUAGUUGAAUUGCUGCGAUUUUGGCAUUGUAGAGUAUUGAAACUGAAGAUUUAGUGCCCACCAAAGCAUCUGCUUCCAAUGGGUUCUUGUAAUGGAGAGAAUCAUCCUGCUGUUGGUGAUGUGGAGCAACCAUUUAGGAUCUUUGUGGGCUAUGAUGUUCGUGAAGAUCUUGCUUAUGAGGUUUGUCGCUAUUCCAUUAUGAAGCGAUCUUCAAUCCCUGUUGAGAUCAUACCUAUCAAACAGGCAGAUCUGAGAAAGGAUGGUGUUUAUUGGCGUGAGAGAGGACAAUUUGAAAGCACUGAGUUCUCGUUUUCACGAUUCUUAACGCCGUAUUUGGCGAAUUAUAAAGGAUGGGCAAUGUUUGUUGAUUGUGAUUUUCUGUAUCUUGCUGAUAUUAAGGAACUGAGGGACUUAAUUGACAAUAAGUUUGCAGUUAUGUGUGUUCAUCAUGAUUACACACCAAAAGAAACUACAAAAAUGGAUGGGGCAGUUCAAACUGUGUAUCCGAGGAAGAAUUGGUCUUCAAUGGUUUUGUACAAUUGUGGGCAUCCAAAGAACAAAGUGUUGACACCUGAGAUUGUCAAUACUCAAACUGGUGCAUUUCUUCAUAGGUUUCAAUGGCUUGAGGAUGAUGAAAUUGGGUCAGUCCCAUUUGUUUGGAACUUUCUUGAGGGCCAUAACAAGAGUGUGGAGGGUGAUUUAACUACUCUUCCUAAAGCAAUUCAUUACACUCGCGGUGGGCCGUGGUUUGAAGCUUGGAAGAAUUGUGAAUUUGCAGAUCUCUGGCUGAAAGAAAUGGAAGAGUAUAAGGAGGCCAAGAAGAAAUCUGAAGAAUAGAGAUCAAACAUGAAAGUAAGUUCUCAAGGUUUAAUUGUGGAGUUGAAAUUCUUUGGAUAUUUGCUUAAUAUUCUUUAGAUUGGUUAUGAUUGGUUGAACUGUAGAUUUCAAUAUGGUAUAUCAGAUUCUAUGAAGGCCUUUGAAAAUGGUGCUCUGAAGAUUUGUAGUAUAGUAUUAUUACUGGGAUUGUAGGAACAUACAUCAUCUUCUAGAAGUACUAUUUUUCUGUUGUUCUACAUCUGUUCCUACUAUAAUUGAUCAGGUGGUGAAUUUCCUAAACAUUCUAAGUUGUAGGUUUGAUUAUCCUCCUUAAUUUAUCAUGUAAUAUUGUAUCAGAAAUCAAGAAUCUGCUUUCUAAUUUAUUGUGUAAUACUGUACAAGAAAAAAAACUGUGAUGAAUGUCAGGUUUGUAAGCUUGUAAUAGUAAUGCUCACAAUUUAUUGAUUCAGAAAGCUAUUUGUUUUUUUUUUCC